AUGCCUUUCCCAACCCACCACCACCAACACAACCACUCCACGGCCAGCAGCAUCAACAACCACCCGCACCCGCUUCGAUCACACAUCUCAACCCAGGAGGGAUUCGGCGACGGUGCCCGGGUUGGAGGAGGCGGUGGCGAGGUUCCAGUGAGGCCGCCGCUCAGGCCGAUGGUUUCGUUUGGUGAGAUUUCGAUGGUGUCGUACUAUUCGAUGGAUGAACCAAUCUUGGAGAAGGAGUCGAACGGGAGCCGUGGAGGGAGUGAUUGGAGGUUCUAUGGGUGUUUUGCUUGUCUGGCUCUGCUCAAUUUCGUGUGCGACGUUAGCUUUACUGCGUUGGCGACCGCUUUGCCGACGAUCUCGCAAGAUCUAAGCCUCACGGCUGUACAGACCCUCUGGAUAACCGGCUCUCUACUCCUCUCCGCUGCCAUUGCACAACCACUCUUUAUGCGACUCCCUGCCGCCUUGGGCUGCAAAGCAAUACUUCUCUUCGGCAUUGCAGUGUAUAUCACCGGCUCGAUCCUGGCAGCUUGUGCAGAGGACGCAACAAGCAUCAUCGCCGCACGAUCCAUCGAAGGCUUUGGUGUCGGCGCCAUCAUGGUCCUGACCCAGCUUACAUUGAAUCAGAUCGGGCGUGCUGCAUGCUCUGCACCCGCACUGAUCGCUUUGCCAUUCCUGCUUCGACUGCCGUAUGUGGAGGCUGGAUCAAUCUGGCGAAGACUGUUGAAAGUCGAUAUUCUUGGCUGGCUUCUACUCUCUGGAUCGCUUGUAUCGAUUGCCUUCGCGGUGUCCUUGGGCGGCACGGCACACGCUUGGAACUCCUUCAACAUUUUGGUACCCUUAAUCGCAGGCAUGAUCUGUCUCCCGUUAUGGUGCAUAUACAACCGCUACCGAAUCGAAGCGAUCCUUCCGGUCAGCAUCUUCAACAACGCCAGUGCAGCUGCAGCCUGCUUCGGUGCCUUCGCCCACGGUGCCAUUCUGGCGGCCAUCAUCUACCUCGUACCAAUCUUCCUUCAGCUGCAAGGACUCAACGAAUUGGUAUCAGGUGUUUCGCUGGCUCCUUGGACAUUCAGCAUUGUGGCUUUCGGUCUCUUGGGCGGUGCUGUGCAAUCUUUGAGUGGGUAUCGAUGGGCCAUCUGGACCGGUUGGGGCUUUGCGACGCUUGGAGUUGGUUUGAUGAUCUUGUUUAAGGAGUCCACAUCGGCGACCUUCUGUGCACCUAUUGGUCUCAUCGGGGGCAUUGCUCUGGGCUUGCUGCUUCCAAGUCAAACAACAGCCAUCGAGUCGGCUGCAUCAACGGACGACGAAACGAUCCACGCUGCUCCCCUGCACAUCUAUCUCACCACCCUUGGUCAAUGCUUCGGCGUCCUUGGAGGAAGCAGCAUCUUCCUCAACAAGCUCAAGAACGACAUGCUGGGCAACUCAUACCCCAGCAGCAACGCCCUGAACUAUACCAAACACGCAUUCUUCAUGACCGGCCUACGAUCGAACCUGAUCGCCAGCUACACGUCUUCUCUCCGUCCCGUCUGGAUCACCGCCUGCGCCAUCGCCGGCCUGGCUUUCUUCCUGAGUUUCUGGUUCUUGGAGGACCACACGCCUUCGCGGAGGCCCUCACUGCCCGAGUUGGAGUGA